AUGUUGCUGCUACUUCUGUCAAUGCUGGUCGGGCUGACUUUAGCUCAAAAUCCAAACUAUAAUUAUCAACGCCCGCAUGUUGCAUUCAAUGUGGAGAGUCAAGCAAAGCUACCGGCUAAAUUUGUGGUACAGACAUUGGGCCCUAAUAGUCGCACCUACGACGUAGAGUCGCAUAGGGCGCCGACUGUUUAUGAGAAUCAUCAAACACAAGUUGUACAAGUGCAACAGCAGCAGCAGUAUGCCUAUCAGCAACAGUUGCAAGCACCCCCGCAGCAAUUGCAUACCACAUCCUAUGCAAACCCUUUGUUGAUCAACGCUGCUACCUAUCAGCAACAAACUCCCACUCUAGUGUCGCCCCCGGCACCUGCCCCACCGGCGCAACCCAUUAGUUAUUACGCGCAACCUCAGCAAUUGGUUAGCUACCAAGCUCCACCAGCGCCGCCACCACCAGCUCCUGUCUAUGGCGUUGCGGUGCAGCAACAGCAGCUGCCACAGAGGCUGUAUUUCAAAAACCCACAGCCAUAUGCUGUGGUUACGCUGCCCAAUGGUCAGAAGACUCUCGAUGCCGGUCAUGGCUCAGGAUUCGCUCCAAACGAAGUGCAAUACAAACUGUUGGCUAGCACAGGUUCUCAGUCGACAGCUCCACGCGUGGGAGAUCACGUCGGCCAAUCACAGAGCUCUUCCUUGGAUGCCUUCAAGUAUAAACAAGCCGUACCCGACGAUACACGUGAAUAUCAACGCUUUGUCAACAACUGCGCUGCGAAUGGCCAGUGUCAACAGUUCAAUUUGAGUCCCGGACAAAUCGAUCCAAGCCAUCAGCAACUAUUGCAGCAGGCACGUGCCAGUACCCAGCCACGCAUUGAAGGCUGCACAAAGAGUGAGGCAAUCUAUGUUCCUGUUGGAGCACAGUUGAAUAACCAAGGUCAAUUGCGUCCCAAGGGCAGACGCCAAUUCGAACGCAAGGAGCAACAGUUUGACAGGCAUCCUUAUAACUAAAC